CGCCCCGUGACGCUUUAUUAUCAGCCGCUCGCACUAAGUUUGACCAAUCACUUGGCAGAAGCGCAGAGCGGCGGCCCCAGAGCGCAGAGUUGGAGCAAGUUGGGGAGAAGCUGGUGGGUCGGUCAAUGAAUGUGGAGCUGCUGGAGGGGCUGGAGGAGGCGAGUGCGAUGGACAAUGGCCAUUUCUGGGCCUCUCACCAAUUACUUUGUACAGUCAAUUAUCAGCCCCGACACUGACGAGACUCCAGCAGCCAAAUUCUCUGCGCAAUUCCCCAACCCCAGGGCCCCUGCGCAAUCUGAACCCCUGGACUUUCCCUCCUGCAGUUUCAGCGCCUCCUGGAACCCCCUGACCCCGCACCCUCCAGUCUAUCAGCCCUAUAUCCAACAGCAGCAGCAGCAGGAGGAGGGCGCCCCCAGUGCCGAGGGCAGGUACUUACGGGCUUGGCUGGACAAUGGACCGAGUCUCAAGUCUGAGCCGCUGCUGGGGCCCCCGGGGGACAAACUGGGACCCCAACAUUACACUGUGGCCUCGCCCGGCGGCGCUGCUGCAAAUACUGAACGUUCCACUCACAGCGGCAACUUCCCCGACACUAAAGGGACUGAAGGAACCGCCGGGGACACUGACCGGACUCAUCAAAACAACCCCUCAGCCAACUGGUUACACGCUCGCUCCUCCAGAAAGAAGAGGUGCCCCUACUCCAAAUACCAGACCCUGGAGCUGGAGAAGGAAUUCCUGUUUAACAUGUACCUGACCAGGGACAGGAGGCACGAGGUCGCCAGGCUGUUGAACCUGAGCGAGAGACAAGUCAAAAUCUGGUUCCAGAACCGAAGGAUGAAGAUGAAGAAACUAAACAAAGAUCAGAGCAAAGAUUAACCCUUCCCUGCUGCUCCUUUAUUUAUAUUCCACAUGAAGUCCAGCUGAAAGGUGCAAAUGUUUUGGGCAGUUAAAGGCCAAGUUAAUAGCUAUUUUUGUGUUUAUUUUUUAUUUUUUGGCAUAGAAUUGGUUAUGGUUUAUCUGAUCCUCCCAAGCACAUUGCUUUUAAACAAGGCUAUUUACCUACAGCCACCACCACCACAUGCCAUCAAUCAAUAUCCCCAUUAACAGGCAGAUUGUAGAUUUCAUUCCAACCGCAUCUCUGGAACCAGCAGACUCUCGGUUUUUUUUUUUAUACUGAGCUUGAAUAUUAUGUUGGAGAAAAAUGAAUUAAAUCGUUCAAUUAGUUUUGUAGAAACCAAGCGAUUAAAAAAAAAUGUAAAAAAAAUUUGUUUCUAGUAGAAAAGGGUUGGGAGUAGAAUAAAAAAAAUGAUUGUAUCCCUAGAAGUAGAUAUUUAUAAUUUAUUGUGAAUUUUACCUUUUUUUGUUUUAUACAAGAUGUAGAAAAUGUGUUCCCUGUGCCAAGUGAUUGUAUAUUUUGUAAUAUUCCUGUUGGAGACUUUAUACUUGAAAUAUCUGUGUGGAUAAAAUGUAGUUGUUUUUUUGUUGCUGACAUUUUCACUGUUUACAGUUUUAUUUCCGUGGUUAUUAAAUUAGUGACUUCAAUUUG